GCCUUGUUGUAGGUACCCUGGGCCCUCCUCAGCCAGGGUCUGAUCCUUGGGGCGCAGCAGACCUUCCAGCCCACCGAGGCGGGCCAGUUCAGACUCCCGGGACCCUCCUGGGGUCCUGGUGCAAGGGGUGCGGGUUCGAGGAGAGUCAAGUGUGUCCUCCCGUCCCUGUCUCAGUCUGGCCGCGCGUCCAUCGGUGCAUCGGGCUGUCCAGCGCCCCUCCAUUGUCCAGGGGCUCCUCCCGGCCCGUACCCUUCCGCGCCCCGGGAGUUGGACGGUCUGACAAGGCCCUGGCCCAGACGAACGGACAGACAGGCAGGCAGGCAGGCAGGCGGCCCCGGGCCUCCGAGGGGUGGCUGGAACUGUGCUCUCUGCUCCCUCUGGCGCUGGCCCAGGCAGGGGGCGGAGCAAAGGCUCCGCCCUGCAGGGGGUAGAGGAGGAAAGCGGAGGGAGCUGUCCUUCAGCCUUGUCCCGGGCGCCUCUCGCUGACCGCUGUACCCCUCCGGUUCUCCCGAAGCCCCAGGCUCCGGCCGCUGCGCUCUGCCUGCCCCGCCAUGGCCAAGCUGCUGAAGCUCAUGGCCCUGGGGCUGGCGCUGGCAUUCUUGGGAGAGAGAUUCGUGACCUUCAGACGACGGAUGAACGUCUCCCAUCAAGUGCUCCCAGUGGAACCGCCCAGCUGCCACCUAAUUCAAGGCCUAGACCGUGGCGGCGCCGUGUUCUUGUACGUGGUCAACCAUCCCCGAGGGAUGUCCACGGUGGAGAUCUUCGAGUUCCAGGGAGAUGCUCUGCUCCACCUGAAGACCAUCACCCACGAGCUGCUUUCCAGCGUCAAUGACAUCGUGGUUCUGGGACAGGAACGGUUCUAUGCCACCAACGACCACUACUUCACCGGCCACUUCCUGUCCCAGCUUGAGCUCUUCUUGGACCUGCAGUGGACAAACGUGGUUUAUUACAGUCCGGACGAGGUCAAAGAGGUGGCCAGUGGGCUCGGCUUUGCCAACGGCAUCGCGCUUUCCCCAGACAGGAAGCACGUCUACGUGGCGGCGGUGACGGCUCACAGCAUUCAUGUCAUGGAGAGGCACAACGACUGGCGCCUGACCCCACAGAAGGUCCUCCACGUGGGCACUCUAGUGGAUAACUUGUCGGUGGACCCUGCCACGGGCGACGUUUGGGCAGGAUGCCACCCCAACGGCAUGAAACUGUUGGCGUACGACCCCGCGGACCCCCCCGGAUCAGAGGUGCUGCGCAUCCGGAACAUCCUCUCCCCGCGGCCCGCCGUGAGCACGGUCUACGCCAACAACGGCUCCGUCCUCCAGGGCAGCACCGUCGCCGCCGUGCACGGCCACAAGAUGCUGGUGGGGACCGUGUUCCACAAGGCGCUGUGCUGCGACCUGCGGGCCCCCGGAGGCCCCCCCCGGAAAUAAAGGCGCAGAGAGCUGGGCUGCCUCGCCUUGGCUCCGCCCGCGGGUGGGAGCCGGGGAAGGCGGGCAGCAGGCAAGAGGAGCCCCCCAAGCCCCUCUGCGCUCCCCCGGCGUGGGGGGUGGCCGAGUGACCCUCGGCCGGCUCUUGCACUCCUUCCCUUCCGGUCAGAAUCAAUACUGGGCUUUGCUGCCAAGGCAGAGGGGCGGUGAAGUGACUGGCCCAGGGUCACGCAGCUGGAAGUGUCUGAGGCCAGAUUGGAGCCCAGGACCCCCGCUCCGGGCCCCCCCCGCUCUCGGCCCCCCCCGC